AUGGCAAGACCGCUAGGUAAUUGUCUUGCGCUGGGCAUCCAGCACUCCUCCUGCACCCGCCGAGUCAGCUUCCGCAUCAAGGUCAAGCGGGAGCUUGUACCAAACGAUGAAGACUUCGGCAGUGAGGGUGAUACGCCGUGGCCCGAGAGCACUGUCGAGGUGUUCCUCGUUGGCGAGAACCCGCAAGCCAAGCUCAAGCUCGUAGAGAUCCCGGUUCAUACGGAGCAGGCCGAACUUGACGCUCGGAAGACUGCCGUUGAUUCGGAAGAGGCAACGCUCGCUACGGAACCAGCAGUACUCACCACGGAACGGGCAGCAUUCGAUGCGGAACUUACGCCGAACGAACUGGGCAUUGGACACCGCGCUAUCUAUUUGGAACUGUCUCAAUAUGUCAGAUCGCAUAUCUGUCUGACUCUGCAACAGCUGAGGAUGCGUUGUGGAAUUCUGCACUCGUCUUCAGGACCUCGGAAGGUAAAACCAGCGCUCGAAGCCUUGACCGACCUCUCGACCCUGAUUGCAAACUCAGGCAUGGGGGGGGGAAUAAGGGGCCUCAAGUCCUUGGGCCAAGCGAUCCUGGCUUGGAGCGCACCACAACCGAGUGUGAUGUUGAACAUCCGCUCAGACGAGCGACUGGGGCCCAAGCCAGAUCCGAUUCAGGCCGAAGUCGAUAGUACUUUGCCGACGCAGCCUACAACAGAUACCCUCCUACCAGGAGUACAAGGCCAUGGCGCACCGACCCUUGGCGAGUGA